GUGGAACAAGAACAUCUCUCAAUAUCCAUGUUCAAGCGAAUGGUUGUGCUUGUUUUUGUAGCUACCGCUGGCGUCAUAUUCAGCCACGUCGAUGCCGCGAAUUUGCGUCAUCAUGAGUCUGCACGCGACUUGGAAGCCAGCGACAGUGGCUCGACUGAACUCCUGCUCGACGAACUCUUUGGGGACCGGUUCCUGACUUUAAGCAUCGACGGCUCAACUCUAGAUGGAAGCAAAGACUUGGAUGAUGAAGGUUUGGGGGACGCAAGUCUCGAGGCAAGUCAGGAACUUGAUGGUGGUUCGGACGACGAUGUCACCGACUCACAAGACUCCGAAGAUGGUAGUGAAGACAAUCUAGGAACACCGUAUCAACCCGGUACCAUUAAGCCUGCUUCAAUUGACAGCUCAAGCCAGGGGUUUGACAAGGACAGCUUGUCUUGGUGGAAAUAAGCACUACUUCACACCUGGUGAUCGCUUCAAAGAUAGUAUUUUUCAACCA